GUUCGAUACCUUUCGGGUCUUUACAUAUGAGUAGCGGUCCGCGAUGGCUUUCCCAGAGACAUCUUAUUGGCUGAAAUUCUUCAAAGAUGCUGGUAUACCUGUUGGGGAUGCUGCAAAUUAUGCAGUGACCUUUACAGACAAUAGGAUCCAGCGCGACAUGCUCCAGGACCUGACGAAGGACUACCUUAACUGUAUGGGAAUCUCCAUUCUGGGUGAUGUCAUCAACAUCCUUAAACAUGCCAAGACUGUACACAUACAGGAAGCAAGAGAGAAAACAUUACGUGGAUCCCAACCGUCACCAACUCCAAGGAGAUCUACAGCUGCCAGUCGGAUUGUCGAUCAUUACCUGGGUAAAGACCCUGAUGCUGGGCCCAUGAACCUGCCUAUUGUACCAAAGAUAUCCAGAGAACUAUCAGCAAGGCUUGGGACACCACCAGGCUCUGGCAAAUCAUCUCCUGUUGCAGCCUCAAGUAAAAUCAGUAAGAUUAAACUGAACCCCAAGAAACUUGAGGAAGUUGUGCCAGUGCCUAAAUCCCGACGGGUAUUUCCUGAGCAUGAAGGAAAGUACAAGAUUACAAUGCCUGCAGGGAUUACUGCAAAAACACAAAAAAUAUUGAAAGAAAAAUCUUCAGGACCCACUGUCAAAGGGACCUCUGUGUUCAAAAGACUAGGGGCAGACAACCCAGGCAGAUCAACCACAUUCACAGAAGGUGGAGGAAUGAUAAUCAAAUCCUCCAGUACAGAGUCCUCAGUAUUCAGUCGACUGGGAGGCAAGAAAACUGUAAAGCGAGCUGCCCAGUCCACAUCUGUGGAUGAUGAGGAUGAGGAUGAAGAUGGUGAAGAGCCUCUAGGAUACGCCGGAAUCCUCAAGUCCACCCCCUCCCCAGUUAAACGCAAAAAAGUGGUCCUUACAGAAACUACUGUCUCUAUAAAGAAACAAGCUGCUCCGAAUUCUGUUAAAGGGCCCAAGACAGAGGGAAUCUUUGGGUCAACAGGAGGAAGGAGUUUACAGGAACGGUUAGGUAAGAAAGUGGGAGGAACCUGUGCUGUAUCUAGUACUACAUCCGAGGAAGGAGAAGGGCCGGCCAGGAAGAAAUCAGGAAUUCAGAAACGUCUUGGACUUCAGAAGGUCACCUCUACUUCAAAACCUGCACCCAAGGUCACCACACUCAAGGUCACAGGAGAUGGCAAGAAAAACGCAGGUGUGUUCAGCCGACUUGGAAAGCAGGCCAGCACAUGACAACCCUUAUACCUGUGAAUGUGUAUAUAUUACAGGUGCUUCAAUACUUGAUGACACAGGUGUGCAAUAGUGACCCUCUGACCUCUCACAUAGUUUAAGCAUGUUGAGUUUUUGUUCUUUUAGCAUUAAUAGUAUAAUAUAGGUCAUUAGGAGCUCAUAUUGUACAAGUACUCAUAAUGUCAAGGUCAAUUGAUGUAAAAGUCAUAGGUAGAAAAAGCUUAUAGGCUAAGUAACACUGGACUAGUAAGGUGAUAGUCACUUAACUUACAUAUGAUAUAAAUCAGUAAGACUAUGUUCAACUCUGACAUUAAAAUCACUUGAUAAAUAUGUACAUGAGUAGGAUAGAUAUUGAGUGGAAGACGUGUUUUACAUGAUCUAGGUCACAAAGUACCUGUGUUGUGUGAGGUGAAGGUUUUCUAAGUAUUACAUGUACAAGUAAGAUAGAGGUAAUUGAGUAUUUGGAUAUUGUACUAGUAAGGUGCACCUCAUGCAGUACAAUUUGGUACAAAUACAGUUAAAGGUACAUCUACUAUACCAAGGUAAAGGUCAUUAUGUAUAUCUAUUGUAGCAAGGUAAAGGUCAUUUGGUACAUCUAUUGUACCAAGGUAAAGGUCAUUUGGUAUAUCUAUUGUACCAAGGUAAAGGACAUUUGGUCAGUACAUCUAUUGUAUCAAGGUAAAGGUCAUUUGGUACAUCUUUUGUACCAAGGUAAAGGUAAUUUGGUACAUCUAUUAUACCAAGGUAAAGGUCAUUUGGUACAUCUAUUGUACCAAGGUAAAGGACAUUUGGUCGGUUCAUCUAUUGUAUCAAGGUAAAGGUCAUACAGUACAUUUACCAGGUAUUGUUCAAGUAACGUACAUAGUUAUUUGUCAAAUUAAAAUCAGUAUUGUACUUUUUAUGUAUGAGUAAGGUAAAAGUCAUUCAGUAAACUAUUGUACAUUUUGUGUUUGCAUUGUUUUGCAGUCCAUUAACAUUUUUUAGCCAUUUAAAGAAAAUUUGGUAUAUUUGUUAUAUAAAUAAAAUGAUGUUCAGGAGCAGGCAGAAUUAAUAACUUACCAAAUCUGUAUGAAGACUAAUACAGUGGAGUUUAUUGUAAGAGUAAAGAUUCAGUGUUUCAGUUGGUACCGAUUCAUGUGUUAUUGGAAUGCUGUGAAAGAUGGUGACUAAUAUGAAUAGUAACCGGGCUUACUGUUUGAAGGAACCAUAAACGUUUUUGCACAAGUUGAUGUAAUAACUUAACAAAUACCUGGUAAUAUCAUAAAAACAUCACUUUUUUACAAUUGUUUUGGUACAGUGAGUGAAUUCACUUUAGUUUGUAUUGGAGUUGUUUUGUACAAGUAAUGUUCAGAUGUAAUUUUUUAUCAUAUCACGUCACGUGAACAAGUAAGGCAUUACAGCUGUGUUUGGUUAGUAAUAAGCUUUAAAGAAGUCCCACUUCUACAGUGUCAUAAUAGCAUAAUACCAUUUUACACUGUAGUAUCAUACACAGGUCCUCUUACAUUUCAUGUACAGCUCAAGAGAGGUGUUAUGAAUGGUGUAGGUCUACACAGAUAGCGUUAUACAUAGAUCAAUCUGUUAAAGAUCUCUUCUGUUUUGAACAUCUUCUGUAGAGAUCAAAGCCUAAUCGUUUUUCAAUAUACAGUAGCGACAUUAACAGAUUUACAUGCAGUGAGUCACACAAUCUACAGUUUUAAAUCUUAUUCUUAUCUGAGGGAACCAUUUUGAUAAGAAGCCCAGAGGAAUGUAGGGGGAGGGGACGAGAUAGAUAUCUCAUAGCAGAAAUCAACAAAAUCUUCUCAUUAGGACCAAUUACUAAUUUUCAUAAAACAGGAUCAAUACUUAUAUAUAUCAUGAUCGUCUUUCUAAGGACUUUGGACUGCUGGACACGUGAAAGUAAAAUAUAGAAAUGGUACUCCUAUCAGAGUUGAGGAGUUGAGGAGAACCAAUGUCCUAGUUGUCAAUGGUUGUGUUACAUUACAUGAUGAAUAAUUUUAAAAAAUCCCAAGCAUUAUAACAAAGUGGCUUGGUAAGGAACCUGAGUUUUUGAAAUUAACUUUUGGGCAUUAUUUACACAAUCUGAUUAAAAUCCUCUGUUACACGGUUUUGUUAACUUUGUACCACGCCUACAUUCUGGUGUAGUACGAAGUUAAAGAACCAUGGAACAGAUGAUUUUUAAUCAAAUUUUAUUUGCAUGAAUUGUUUGCUUUUUGAAAUAUCCGAACAAAAGUCAUAAAGAUGUUGUUUUGUUAUGGUAGCUAGAUGAUAUGGAAGACAUUACAUAAAGCUACUGAAAUAGUGUAUGUGAAAGGUAUCUGGUACUGUGGUAUACCAAAUUUAAAGGAUUUCGCUACAUUUGUCACUGGAGAGGAUACAUAUUAUGUAAUAAUAGCUGAACACAUUAAGAUUAUUAUAAUGUUAGGUAAUAAUGAAAAUUCUAGUUAAAUCUUACAAAUUGCAGAGAAGGAUACGAGAUCUUAGUAGGACUUUUAUUCUUUAAAACUGGUUUUCAAUGAAUUUAAGUCUGAACAUUUUGUGUUCAAUAAAAAUAAAGCAUUUUACAAGUAAACUUGUACUUAAAUAAAGGAAGUGCAGGAAUAUUGUCACUUCAAAAAUAAUAGCACUGGCCAGAAUCCUAUAUCCAGUAUAUAGGACAGACAUUAAAACAUGAAUUUAACUUCAUACAUGUACAUAAUCGUCAGUUCACGCAGUUAGGAAUAAACUAGCAAUGACUGAGAGAAAAGGCGAUGUUUAAGAGAUAAUAUAUCACAAAGAUCUGCUAUUUUGGACAGUUGCGUUUGUGGUGACUGGAUCAAAGAUGAGGCUCGAAUGUAUGUACUGUAUACAUUAUCUCAUCUCCUUUUUUUCCUGACAUUGAAAAUAUGAAAAUGUUCACAACAGUGUGGUAUGAAAAAAGCCAAUGUCAGAAUUCCAAUAUUAAGUACCGGUAGUUCAUUUUAUGAACAUUACCUAUACAGUUCAAUGUACAUCAUAUUGAAUUGUCACCGUUCAGUGUAUACCAUUUCCCCUUGAAACAUGAAAGGUAACAGUAUCAUACUAAAGUCAGUACACUUUAUUGCCAACUCUUGUGCAGGGCUUUGGUGUCAAGUGUUUUGCUUUUCUUCUCUGACAGAUGAAAUCCAGGUCUUUAUCCAUUUUACAAUUAGCUGGAUUGAAUUUAAAACAAGCAAGCAGUGAAUGUGACUCCCUUUGAACUAAGCAUGUCCCAUUUUGUUUAGUGGUAACUGGUUAUAUUAUUUUUUACCCAUUUUCAGAUAUCAGUGACUCUCAGAAGAUUUGUUUUAAUUUCUAUCAUAUAUUCUGAAAUAUUGUCAGGGAAUGUUUUGGUUUAGGAAAGCAGUGAAGUCACGAACCCAUACAUUAUAUAUGGCAAUUAUUUUGUUUCUUAUUUCCUUCACACCUAGUAUGAAAGCAAAAAUACCAUGAGCCCACACUGCCCUUUACCGAGCCUACAUGUAUUCAACAGACUUGCCAACACACGUCACUGAUGUAGUUAAAAGUUAGCUAUUUUAUAAAAUUAUUAGUUUGUAUUUUGAGUAAACAAAUGCAACAUUGGUUAUAGGGUUUUGUUUGCUUCUUAUGGAUUUCCUAUUCUUAAAACUGAUUUUUUGCAAUAUAUCAUCAUAUAAUGUUGACAUUUUAUUGUCUACAAUAGUUUGUUCAUUAAAAAUUUCUAGUCUUUGAUAUGACUAUUUUACUUUUUGAACUAAUAGCAAUUUUGUUUUCUCUCAGUUACCUCCCUUGUCAUAGAAUGCUUGAUAUUAAGAAUGUAGUGAUGUUUAGAUAUUGAAAAGGUGGUUUUAAAUCUCAAAAUAAAUAUCUUUUUCAAUGAUA